AUGCACUCAUAUGCUAAGUUUCUGAAGGAAAUUUUAUCCAAUAAAAGGAAGCUAGAAGAUUAUGAAAUUGUGGCAAUAAUAGAGGAGUGUAGUGCUCUAAUGCAACAUAAACUCCCUCCGAAAUUGAAGGAUCUAGGAAGUUUUUCUAUUCCUUGCCACAUUGGAGAUACUAGCAUUGACAAAGCAUUGUGUGAUCUUGGAGCUAGUGUGAGCUUGAUGCCACUAUCCAUAUGUGGGAAGUUGAAGGAUGUUCACAUUCCUAUCAUUUUAGGAAGGCCAUUCUUAGCCACAACUGGUGCUAUCAUUGAUGUAAAGAAUGGUAGAUUGACACUAAAAGUUAGAGAAGAAGAGGUGGAAUUCAAUAUGAAUCAAGUUUUGAAGAAACAUCAUAAAGUUGAUCCUUGUUUAAGGGCAAAUGUCAUUGAUGAGAUUGCGAAAGAAGAAUUUAGGAAAAGAUAUCCUAAAGACCCUUUGGAGAAUUAUUUAGUUCAAGAUAAGAGGUCUUAUGCAAUAUACUAUGCUAGUAAAACUUUGGAUGAUGCUCAAGUGAACUAUGUCACUGCUGAGAAGAAAUUUUUAGCUAUGGAGUUUGAUUUAGAAAUAAAAGAUAAGAAAGGAGCUGAGAAUGUUUUUACAGACCAUUUAUCAAGGAUUAAGCUUGAGAGUCAAGAUGGAAUUGAAGAGGAAUUGCCAAUUGAUGAGUUUUUCUCAAAUGAGAAAUUGUUGGUUGUUGUUGAUGCAUUACCAUGGUUUGCAGAUUUUGUCAAUUACUUGUCAUGUGGAGUUCUCCCACUAGAUUUAAGCUAUCAACAGAGGAAGAAAUUUUUGCAUGAUGUGAAAUUCUACACAUGGGAGAAUCCAUUGUUAUUUAAGAGAUGUAAUGAUGGCCUAGUUGGAAGAUGUGUACCUAAAGAAGAAAUAGAAAACAUUUUAGAGCAUUGUCAUUCUUUAGACUAUGGAGGUCAUUUUAGUGUGGAUAGAAUAGUGGCUAAGGUUAAUGGUGAAUUUUAG